AUGUUAAAAUUAAAUGACUCGCAAUAUGUUUUGAUGAUGACAGCUACCGCUACAACCACAAUGACCACCACCACAACGAUGACGGCGACAUUAAAACCAAAAUCGAAAACCAGAAUAUUAACUAAAACAACAUUAGCCAUAACAAAAUUAAUGGAUAACACAACAACCGAUUUGCUACGAAAUACCACUAACACUACGACAACAACAAUGGCAACGACGACAACCACAUCUUCCACAACGACUUCUACUUUGUUAUCGUCAUCGCCGUUGACACUUUUCAAAAGGACGUUAAUAGUUGAUGAUAAUCCAUUAACUGGAACAAUAUUGAAAAGGAUGCUUCGGAAAUAUUUUAAACAUGAUGUCUCGUGCGUGAAAAGCGGCGAAAAAGCUUUAAAUUUAUUAUCGAAAGAACAUUUUAAUUUAGUAUUUAUGGAUGUCGACAUGCCAAAUUUAACCGGGAUAGAAACAACGUUGGCAAUUCGUAAUUCAGACACGAUAUUGAAAGAAAACGUCCACGUUCCAGUUAUCGCCUAUACCACCAAUCAAUGGGAUAACGAAUAUUCAAAGGCAGGAAUGAUCGGAUAUGUUGGAAAACCUGCAAACCCAUCAAAAAUCCAAGCCGAACUUGAAAAAGUGUCAUUAAAAAUUACCACUACAACAGCCAUUACGUCCAACAACAGCGAUUUGUCGUCGUCAUCGUUAACGUCAAUAGUUGAUUAA